AUGGCUGACCGCAAAGGCGCAUAUGGCGCGUCGAAUGGCGCCAGCGACACGUCUUUCCGUCGGACAUGGGAUCGCAGCGAGUACGAAGCGAAAGCGCGCGAUCGCGACGCCAAGAUCAAAGAGGAAGGCAAGGCGCGAUAUGAAGCUGCUCUAGAAGGCAAGAAAUAUCAUCGUCGUGCUUCGACGCCGACCGAUCACAAGGACACCGAGGCGCGGCAGCAGCGUCUGAAUGUGGCCGAGCAGGUCGGUAAGACCACCCUCGUUGCUGCUGGAGCAGGACAAGGCAAGCGAGGCAAAAGCGCUGGUUUCUACUGCGAUGCUUGCGACCUGACGUUCAAGGACAAUCUGCAAUGGGUGGAGCAUUUGAACAGCAAGCAGCAUCUCAUCGCAACAGGUGAGAGCGGAGAAGUGAGGAGAGCGACACUAGAGGAAGUGGAGGAGAGGUUCGACUAUCUGAAGCGGAAGCUCGAGGCGGAGAAGGUGCAUGACCAGACUGAUCUGCAGACCAGGAUCAAGACAACGGAGGAGCAGUUGGAGAAAGAAAGGGAGGAGAAGAGGCGUAAAAGGAAUGAGAAACGGCGCAAGACGAAGGACGGCAAAGGCCAUGAGGAGCUUCGGGUCGAGAAUGAUGGCAUUAUCUGCUGA